GCAUAAAAAAACUUUUUUAGACAAUCAUGUAAUUCUAUGACAACAUCAAAGAUAAGAGGUCUGAACUCUGAACAAAGUUUUGAUAGAGGAGAAUAGGAGCACAAUACAUGCACCAAAGUGACUUCACUGCCUAUCCAUGGCUUUGUCAAGUUACUGUUAGAAAGCUACAUCCUCGAGAGAGAAACCCGUUGCCAUCUGUUGUUCUUUGACAACACUUUGGGACAAAAUCCCACCUUAUUUUUCCAAGUUUUUACCUAAUUGCAAUUGGGUACGGAAAUUUUUGGGAUUUUCAUCCGAUUUUGAGCCAAGAUUUCUCCAAUUCCAUACCCUUAAUUUCAAAUUUUCAAGUUUAUCGCACAUGUUGUUCUGGGUUUACUUUUGAAAGAAAGAACUAAUUAAGCAUUUUGGGUAAAUGCUUCUUACAAAAGGAGAAUACAAGAUUGUACAUGCACUCUAGUUAAUGAAGCCAAAGACAAGAGGUUGAAGAUUAGGGUUCAAGAUGCUUUAUGAAAAUAUUGAAGUUGAGCUCAUUAGCGUGGCAAGAAAAAAAAAGAAGGGGAAUUCCAGUGAAUUGUGAAUAGUCUGAGAUCCCACAAGAUGUUUGUCCAAGAUCUAUUUGAUUUGGAAGAUGAUGGAUUUGAUGAACUAAAUGAUGAGCUACGCAUUUCUGAAGAGGUGUUCUAUGGAAAUGAUGCACUUGGUUGUACUAUGAAGUGCGAUGUUGAUGAAGCUUGUGGAUCUUUAAGUGCGCUUGAUAAGAUGCUUGAGAUUUCGCCUUGUUCUCACAGUGAAAAUUCAGCCAUAACAAAUCAAGCUUCUCCAAUAUGUGAUGCAGCCUCUGCUAAGCUUCUGGAGAAUUCUCAAGCAUUAAGUUGCGCAAAAGGGUGUAUUACAUAUGAAAGGUUUGAUCAUGAUUUUCAUACAAAGCGGAUGAGGUAUUCAGUUAAUGAGUUGUCUAAUUUUAAACCUUACCUUGACAAGUCUGUGGCUUCAUCUAUUCCCUUGAAGCAAGUUGUAUCUGAAAUCCACCCUCCUACACAACUUGCUCCCUGUCAAAUUCUUAUGUGUCAUGUGGUUGAAUCAUGCAAUGAAGGUGUGUCAUCUAGUUGUUACCUGUUGAAGCAAUGUCCUGAAUCUGACCAAGCUGGAAAUUUAGGAGACAGUAGUGCUCUUAAUGGUUGUGUGUCGGGCUCAGAUGGAAGUGAAAUAAAGCAGGUUGGCAGUAGUAAAUCUAUAGCCUCACCUAUUUCCCAGGAAAGUUCUGCUACAAAACUUUUGAUUCCCAAUCCCUCUGUUGUAGCAGGCAUUGAAUCUGGAUCACUUCAACAUGCUGAAGAAAGACCCAAUAAAGCUUUUUUUUCUGAAUGUGAAGAUGAAGUAUUGACUGGCGACAUCAUGAAGGAUGCCCUUGCUAUUCUUCGUUCUAGAGUUGAUCUCUUGCUUGAAAGAACAAAAUGGUCUCUUGAGAAGCAGGUAAGAAAUGAUGGGAGGUAUCGUUAUGUUUACAGAUCACCUGAAGGAAGGCCUGUUCGGGGAUUCCCUAAAGUUUGGGAAAUUCUCCGUCAGAGUUUAGGUGUUCAUGGCAGUAAUGAUGUUUCUAGAGAUGAUAAACAGUGGACUAAUGUUAACGAGUUCUGUUCUGAUCUGUAUGAGACAUUAAGAUACAUUGAUAAUAAUGGUAGUAAUUGGGAUCCCAAGUGUUCAUUGACUUUUCUAUGUAGACUUCUGGAUCCCUUUGUGGAUUUAGUUUUUGUUAACAGAAAGAUUCAUGCACUUAGAACCGGUAAACUAUUCAAAGCUAGGCAAAGUAGUGCAAUUGAUGUUGAUAGAAAAGUUGAGAUAGAAGCUAGGAAAGGUGAUAAGAAAAGGCUUUUAAAUAGGCAUGCGGAGAAAAUGGUUUGUGAUCCUUCUUUGACCUCUAGUCUGGUGGAGACGCAUAAAACCAGAUCAAUUUAUGUUUCUGAAGGAAAUAGUAUGCGUCUUGUAACUACAAUUGCUGACAACGAAAACCAAUGUAGAGGAACUUGUACAGAUGAAAAGAUGAAUUCGUGUCACUUAUCAGCUGUUGAGUCUGAUGGCAUGUGUUUACAUCAUCCUGCUUGCACAUAUGAUGUUCCUGUAGGCAGUGCUGAGACAAAUGCGAUAUGUCGACAAUCUUCACCUCAUCAAAUUAGUAUAAGCACUCCAAGCAGUAGUAAACAAAGUCUUGAAUUUAGUAAGAGAAGCUUGGAGGGAGGAGUUAUUGAUGCAAGAGUGAAGAAAACAUACUGUAAAUCUGAAGCUUUUCUUGAUAUCUCCAAGCUAUACAUGGACGAUGAUAAUGAUAUGCAUCUGGCUAAUGAUAGGGGUUGGCCCAUGGAUUGUGUUGAUAUUGAAAAACAACCACAUGAAUGUAAUGUCUUUUUUGAACCUCAGUCUUGCAAGUCAGAAAUGAAACCUAAAAAGCUUCGCAAUAGCAAGAAGAGAUCAAUGGGCUGCCAGCCCAAGGAUGAUGACUUGUUGGUUUCAGCAAUAUUAAAGAAAAGAAGCUUUAGAUCCAGCAUUAAAGAUUCUGGCACAAAGCCUAGAAAGUCAAAAUAUAAAUAUCUGAAGAAACGCAAGACUCAGAAAGGUAGUUGCAGGUUACUUCUGCGGGGCAUUGGUAAGGGUGGGAAAAAUUUAACAGAUAAGUGGACUUUGGUUGGCAAACGGACAAUAUUUUCAUGGUUAAUUAGUUCUGGGACAAUACUUAUAAAUGAAGCUGUCCAGUAUCGUGAUCUGAAGGAUGACACCGUGGUUAAAGAAGGUCUCAUUACCAAGGAUGGGAUUCUAUGUAAUUGUUGCAGUGAGAUGUUUUCUGUCUCGAAGUUUAAGAUCCAUGCCGGUUUUAAUCUGAAUCGUCCUUGUUUGAAUCUUUUUGUUGGGUCUGGUAAGCCGUAUACUUUAUGCCAGCUUCAAGCUUGGUCGGCUGAGUACAAAGUCAGGAGAAGUGGCACAGGCACUCCACUUGUGCCACUUGAUGAGUAUGACAAAAAUGACGAUUCUUGUGGACUUUGUGGUGAAGGAGGAGAAUUGCUUUGUUGCGACAACUGUCCUUCCACUUAUCACCAGUCAUGCUUGUCAGCAGAGGAAAUUCCUGAAGGAAGUUGGUAUUGCUCAAACUGCACAUGUCAGGUUUGUGGAGCUUUGGCUGUAAAUGCAGGAACAUUAAAUUCUAAUUCUGCUCUGAAGUGUUCACAAUGCGACAAAAAGUAUCAUGAAGCUUGCUUGAUGGACAAUGAUCUUGGCAAAGUAGAUGGUGCUCCUUGGUUCUGUAGCUCAGGUUGUGAAGAGAUCUUUAAUGGUCUACAAUCUUUUAUUGGCAUGUCCAACCAUAUUGCUGAUGACUAUUGCUGGACAGUUUUGAGAUGUAUUCAUGAUGACCAAAAAAUCCCUUCUGCUCAACGUUUUGCUCUAAAAGCUGAAUGCAACUCUAAUUUAGCUGUUGCUGCUACCAUUAUGGAGGAGUGCUUCCUCUCCAUGAUCGACCCAAGAACCGGCAUAGAUAUGAUACCACAAGUGGUGUACAAUUGGGGGUCGGAGUUUCCCAGACUAGACUAUCAUGGAUUUUAUACUGUGGUAUUAGAGAAGGAUGAUGUAUUGGUAUCUGUUGCAUCUAUCAGGGUGCAUGGAGUAGCUGUUGCAGAAAUGCCACUCAUCGCCACUUGUAGUAAGUAUCGUCGACAGGGAAUGUGUCGCCUUUUGCUAAACUCUGUUGAGAAGAUGCUCAUUUCCUUGAAGGUCGAGAAGCUUGUAAUUACUGCAAUUUCUGAUGUAGUUGAAACCUGGACAAUUGGUUUUGGCUUUGUCCCUGUGGAAGAGGAGGAGAAAAGAAGCUUGAACAAUAUCAACUUAAUGGUCUUUCCGGGUACCGUAAUGCUGAAAAAGAUGCUUUACGUGAAUCAAGCUACAGACUUACAAAAAGAUGUUGUAAAUGGAAAUAGUGAAGAGAACACUCUUAAGGGAAAUGCAAAUGAGCUAAAAGUUAAGCUGAUACGCUUCCCUGAUAUGAAGACUAGCGACACUCAAAACAGUGGUGGCGUUGCUGAAAUUGAGAGCCUGCAUUUGGGUAACUUAGAGGAGGUUACGGUAACUGAUGAAACUACAGGUUUUAGAUUAGAGGAGUUUUUCGAUGUACCAGUUGAGUGUUCAAUGGGAAUGAAUGAGGAGGCUUAUGAGAACGAAAAUUUGCAGUCUUGUUCAUUAAGAACAGCUGAAGAUGAGAGUCUGAUGGAUUCUCGAGUUUCUGCUGUGGAGUCAGAAAUUAAACAUGGGAUUCAAGAUCAGAGUAAUUGUUUGGAAGUUGUUAAAGAUCAAGAUAUUGUUGACACUGUUGAACGCUUGGAAAUUCCGCCUGCCAGGAACAAUGCCAGUAGCAGAGCUGAAUCAGUAUCUGCGGAUAAGCCUACUAAACUUUCAGAAGUUCCUAAAUGCACGGAUUGUUUAGGUGUGUCUGUUUUCGGAGAAAAGGAAACACAUGUAGAAGUAACAUGCGAUGUUGUCACUAAUCCUGAGAGCUUAAUUAUGGAAUCUGGAUACAUGUUACUUCCGAACUUGGAGAAUCUAGGGGUGGUGAAAGGAGACAUACAAGCUGCUGAAGCCAUGGAUGUAGAUACUGUCACUGACAGUAGUAAAUAUGUAGCUACCGAAACAGUGAAUUUGGAGGCAGAAAAAGAAGAUGAGCAAUCUUCUGGAAGUGAGACUGUAAGCAAUGUGAGAGAUAAUGAAGAUGUGAGGGAAGAUGAAGCUUUCACGGGCAUAAAAUUAGGAGCGGAGAGUGAUACGAGUAAAAUUAUGGUUUCAAGUAACUCGUCUGCAAAUACUACAACCAAGUUGGUUCAUGUGGAGUCGGGGAAAGAAGCUGCCGUUCAAAACAUGGAAUCAGAAGCUGUAAACGACAGUGCAAAUUUAGUGGAUUCAGAGGCCGGAAAUGAUGUAAAGAAUGGUAGCGAAACGGAAAUAAGCAACGAAAGGGAUAUUUCGGGAACGAUUCAGGAAGACAAAGAAACUGCUGUCGAAGUCAUGGAAACAGGUGCGGAACCUAUUGGCGACUCAGAAUCGUUGGGCAAAGAAGGUAGUUUAGGAAAGCAUUUAUCAGAAAAAUUUGGUGAAUAUGAUAUAGGUGUUGUAAUCCAGGAAAGGGAUGCUGGUGAAGAAACCCAGUCUGUAAGUUUUGUUGAAAACCAGCUUUCUUUGAUUGAACAAUCUCAGGAAGCUAGUGUUUUCCCCAACUCUUAAUAUAUAUUAGUUUAUAUAUUCCAAAUUUUCCUUGUCA